GACCUGCCUCCACUUCCCAAUGUUGGACCAGCCUUGGCACAUGGAAGGAGCGGGAGCUCUCCUGAUGCCAGCCAGCGGAGAGAGCGGCGGCCACAGGACCAGGCUCCGGCUGGACGCUCUCGGCGCCUCUUUCGCUUCUCGCGCAGGACUCCAUCGGUGCCUGAAACCUGGGCUGUCCCCUUCUCUGUCCCAGGGGCUGCAGCCUGUCUUUUUCUCCGCUUCCUUUGUGUGCGUGAGGGAAGCAUAGGCGGUGGCGGCGGAGGAGGUGGAGUCGCUCCCUGCUUCGCUUGUCAAGGCUUAGCCGUUUAGGCGAAGGGAGGGGAAAAGGCGAAGGAAAAGAACUGCUGGGGCGGCUCUAGUCACCGGGAAGCUUUUUAUUCCUCGGGCAGAGAGAAAGGAGCCCGGCACCUUUCCUUGGCCAGCUUCUCCUCCUUGCUAAGCCUCAAAAGGACCCAAACAAACCAGUUACAACAGCACGUAAUUCUGACAAGGAGCGAGCAAAGCCCAGGCAUCGCUUGCUGUUGCUGCUUUGCUCGACGCGGCUCCGCACUUUGAAAUGGGUCGGGAGAGGCGGAGGCAACCGAACAGCAACAGAAACGCCUGGACUAGUCACUAAGGAGGCCGAAGGGAAGAGGAUGGCCACUUCCAGCAACUCUAGUUUGUCUGGCUCCUCUGUUUCCUCGGCUCUGCAAGAAGAAAAGUAUACCCAGGCAAGUUUAUGCCAGUUUUCCAUCCAUGGGAGCACUGUCCUUGGCCUCAAGAAGAUAUGGAUUCUGCCCAGUGAGCUUAAAGGAAUAAAGUCCGCCUUGGCACCUGAUGUCCCCCUGCUGAAACAUUUUACUGCAUGUCAGCAUUAAACUUCCGUUCUGUCUGUGUGGACUGAUGAAAUGUAGGAAAUCUGUUUCUGGCGGAAAAAAAAAGCUUUCCCAAAGAGAGCACCAAGUAUACAGAAUCAGAAGUAUGAACAGUGGCAGUAGCGCUGCUAUGGUCGGGCUGCUCAGGCAAAGACGACGGGCUACUAGAGGAGAAGAAUUUUGAGGCAUUGCGCGAGCAAAAUAGUGCCCAAUGUUCAAGUCUGUCAAGAUCCUUCUGUAUCUUAAGCCUAUCUUCUGGAGUGUUGGCAAGAUAAGAUGAUGAGAUGAGAUAUAAGCCAGCCAGGUUGGUGCCAAUCUGACCGGGGGAAGGAUGGAGAAUGAUGACCCAAAGAGCAAGUGCCGCAACAGAAAAGAUGCUGAAGAAUAUCAACCACCAAUAUGGAAAUCAUACUUAUAUCAGUUGCAACAGGAAGCACCUCGUCCCAAAAGGAUCAUUUGUCCUCAUGAGGUGGAGAACAGGCCAAAAUACUAUGGAAGAGAAUUUCACGGGAUCAUUUCUCGUGAGCAAGCUGAUGAAUUGCUUGGAGGAGUAGAGGGAGCAUAUAUUCUUAGAGAAAGUCAGCGACAACCUGGGUGCUACACUCUGGCACUUAGAUUUGGGAGUCAGACCUUAAAUUACCGUCUUUUCUAUGAUGGAAAACACUUCGUAGGGGAGAAAAGAUUUGAAUCAAUCCAUGAUUUGGUAACAGAUGGCUUAAUAACAUUGUAUAUAGAGACCAAGGCUUCUGAAUAUAUUUCCAAAAUGACGACAAAUCCUAUCUAUGAGCACAUUGGAUAUGCUACUUUGCUUAGAGAAAAAGUAUCCCGUAGACUGAGUAGAUCAAAAACUGCAUCAAGAAAGGCUGGUGUAGCAACAUGUGAAGAAAAUGCACCAGUUGAAAAGAUCACCUCCUUGGUCAGAAGAGCAGCACUGACUCAGAACGACAACCAUUUCAACUAUGAAAAAGCACACAAUUUUAAGGUCCACACAUUUCGGGGUCCACACUGGUGCGAAUACUGUGCCAAUUUCAUGUGGGGACUCAUUGCUCAGGGUGUAAGAUGUUCAGACUGUGGAUUAAAUGUACACAAGCAAUGUUCAAAGUAUGUUCCCAAUGACUGCCAACCAGACCUUAAGAGAAUCAAGCGGGUCUAUUGCUGUGAUCUCACUACACUAGUGAAGGCCCACAAUGCACAGAGACCCAUGGUGGUGGACAUAUGCAUACGUGAAAUUGAAUCAAGAGGUUUGAAGUCAGAAGGCAUUUACAGAGUCUCAGGGUUCACUGAACAUAUUGAAGAUGUCAAAAUGGCCUUUGAUCGAGAUGGUGACAAAGCAGAUGUCUCUGCUAAUAUAUAUCCUGACAUAAAUAUUAUUGCUGGCGCACUAAAACUGUAUUUCAGAGAUUUACCAAUUCCUGUUAUCACUUAUGAUACUUACUCUAAGUUCAUAGAGGCAGCAAAAAUCUCCAAUGCUGAUGAAAGACUAGAAGCUGUUCAUGAAGUGUUAAUGUUACUUCCUGCUGCACAUUAUGAGACUCUUAGAUACCUGAUGAUUCAUCUCAAAAAGAUUACCAUGAAUGAAAAGGAAAAUUUUAUGAAUGCUGAAAAUCUGGGAAUAGUGUUUGGACCUACUUUAAUGAGGCCCCCAGAAGACAGCACUCUUGCUACACUCAACGACAUGCGGUACCAGAAGCUAAUUGUGCAGAUACUAAUAGAAAACGAAGAUGUUCUGUUUUAGACAAGCAAAGCUAUAAAUUUAUAAUAAUCUACAGUGAAAAUUAAACUCAAAUAAAUCCUCAUGAAAAGAAUCAUGAGCAAUGUUUCAUUUUAUGUGUCUUGUAAAUGUACACUAAAAUAUUUAGUAAAAGCUAUGUUUCAACAAGUCAGAAGAACAAAAGUUUUUUAAAAAAUCUUCCCUUUUCAUCUUUUACCUUGUUUCCCAUUUGUCCCUGUGUAGAAAGGUUACAGACUUCUUCUGUUAACUUAUAAAAUAAAAGAAACUUUGUAUAUUUGUUUAGACCAUUGAAGCAAAAAAAAUCUUAUUCUGGCUCAAUUUCUACUACAAUUAACUCUCUCGGCCCAGCAACUUGUAAAAGUUCAUAUGCGUAGCAAAUGUAUUUUGCUAGAUAUUUUAGUUCUCUCUUUUUUUAGAAGCUUUGAACAUAAUUAUACACAAAUAGACCAUGUCUACAUACAUACAUACAUUCCUAUGUAGAAAUAUAUGUAGAAACAGGGACCAAUUAAUGCAGCAAGAUCCAUGUUCACAUAAUAUUACUUUCAAGAUAUGAAUUAAUAUCUUUAGUCAUUGCAAUACUACAGAAGAUAAUGGCAAGAUUGCAACAAAUGGUCAUCAUAACCAAAAUAAAUACCCAAAAAGUUUUAGUUUGUCCAAGAACUAUCAUCAGGAUGUUCAUUAGUGUUACUUCUAUAUGGAUAUACAUUUUUUUCAUGUAAGACAUAAAAUUAUAUAUGUCUGAGUGAAAUAAAACAUGUAUUUAUAAAUAUAUUUUAUACUUACGUUAGCUUUUGGGAUGUCUUUUUAUUAAGCAAAAAUAUAAUUCAGUGCGGUGCAUUGAUUAUUUUCUGUAUAUUUUUCUUAAGCAUUAUUGCUAUAUUGUACUAUAUUGAAACUAUUUACCACUGUUGCAGUAUUAUCCUGACAUAUUUCUUCAACUGCAAAUGGUUUUUAAAAGAUUUUACUUCACAUCCAUCUGAACAUUUAUUGUAGAGCUGUGGCAAAUGGAAUAAUUUUUGUUUUAAUUUUACCUCCAUAAAAAAGUAUAUUGUAAAAAAAAUUAAAUAUUGUUGGUAGUUCCAUCAACUAUGAUACUUAACAUUUGUUUCUUGAAAUGCAGUAUAGUUUUGUUUAAAAUAAGUAAUGCCAGAUUCUUGCAUAUUUCUGAACUUAGUAAAAAAUUCACACUUCAAUUUUUGUUACUUUUAAAUGCCAAAUGAGUUCAGUCUACUUAUAAAAGUAGACCUAUUUUAAUUAAGCCUUUCCUCUUCAUUGUAUUUUGGCCAAUGUGUUAAUAAUGGAGAAUGAAUGAAAGAGAAGUGAUACAUUAUCAAAUUUCAUGGAAGUUUUAUUCUGUCUUUCUAGACACUGACCUGUCAAUAUAAUAAAUGCAAUUCAUUCUAAUAUUAUACAUAUUUCUCAUCAUAAGAUUUUUAUACACAUAUUUAAAACACAGGUAGAUAGUAUAGUGUAAAUCAGAAUUUUCUCUAGGAAAAACUGUUAAAUUGUACUCUUUAUUUGUAUGGAUUGCAAGUUUUGAAAACCAAUUAUACUGUUUUCUGAAUUAUUUCAGGGAGCAUAGGUUUCUAAACAAAUAAGUGGGUAAUUUUGAUAAUGAAAGAAGAUUAAAGAUCAAACGGGGCAGGGAAACAAUGUAUAUUAAUUAUCCUUUAUCUAAAUCAACAAGGGCUAGAUAGAUAGAUCCAGGCUGCAGGCCAAAUGACAGUGGGGUAUAAUUUUGCUGGAUAAUAGUCCUAGAAACUCUCUUAAGUUGCACAAAUUUAAAUGUUGUCGGCUAUAUAUUAAAUAUUGCUAUAAAAUGGUAUGGAAAUGGUUUUAUUUUGUGAUGUGAAAUAUGCUUUGUAAUUUAUGAUAUCAUGGUGUAAA